AUGAACACAUCAACAUACGGAGAAAUUGAUCUUUUGAAUAAAAUUUCUUUUUAUAUUCGAACUUAUGUUUAUGCAACAACUGGUCUACUGCUAUCAGUAAUAAAUAUACCGCUAUUUAUGGCAAUAAUCAUUAACAAAAACUUCCGUUGUUAUUAUUUUAUACUUUCAUUUGUAUUUAUUCAUGGCGGUAUCACUGGUCUCUUAAGUCUGAGUUAUGCAAUUCUCAUCUUCAAUAAACCUUAUUUGCAAAAUGUAGCAGUUUCGAAUAAGGAUUGCGUAUUUCAGAUUAGCACAGGCCUUAUGCAAAUGAAAUUAUUAAAUGCAUUUGGCUUACUGGCAAAUAGCAUUGACCGAUUACUUGUCGUAGCUUAUCCGAUUUAUUAUUUUCGAUCUAUUCGAAAAUUAAACACAGUUUUAUUGAUUGGCUUGUAUAUUAUAUCACUUUCUAUUGCACUGUUAAGUAUUAUUAUCACUCAAUUAAGCCCAGAUAAAAUGACUGGAAGCAAUUGCGCUCAUCAAAAAGCACUUGAUCCAAAGGCAUUAUUUUUGGUGCAAUUAUUCAGCACAUCAAGCGCUUUAAUGAGUGUUAUUGUAAUGAUGUGUGUCGUGCACUGUAACAAACGGCAUUUUAAUAGAAUUGCAAAUAAUACACAAAGUGUAGGACGAGACUUGCAAAAUUUUUUGAAGAAGCAAAAGGAAUUCACAUUGACAGCACUCAUUUCCUGUAUAAUUACACUAUUUUUGCAUGUUACACCAUCACUGAUUCAAACGAUAUGCAGCAAAAUGGAUUAUCAAAUUUGCCUUCACAUUGGUUUGUAUUGUAAUUUAUUAUCAUAUUUGAAUUCUUUUAAUAUGCCGAUGCUAUUUCUUUAUCGUCAAGACGAUGUCCGUGAAAAGAUUUUCAGUUUAAUAUGCUAUCGUUUAACAAUUCGUACACCUGUAAAUCGUAUCACUUCUAACAAUAACAAAAUGACAUCUAUUAAAUAA